AUUAAGCACCGAUAUCCGUUCACGUUCUCGAUCUCAUCACUUUCAACGGGAAUGCGGUGAGAACGUCACUUUUUGACUACGUGACGAAUGUACACGGAUGAGGCACAGCCCUUCAGCCUUAUUCUCAUGACCGCUUCCGUCGUACCUCAGGAUGAUUUCCUUAUGGCAGUAUGGAGCAUUCAGGUGCUGAAUUAUUCCGAUGUCGUGGUGGCUACUCUUUUGGUUUAUGAUUCAUUGUUAAGAUUACAACAAGAUGCAACUUUUCUCGCCCAAGCCAACAUGAAUGUUCCAAAAUUUCUGUAUAUUGGAGCUCGCUAUAUGCCAUUGUUGAUACCUAUUCCUAAUCUCAUGUUUGACCAAGUCCCUCACAUGAAGGAUGUUGACUGCCAGACUUUAGGUGAUCUUGGAGCAGCCUUCAGCAUGAUGGUAGCAUUCUGCGCAGAAUGCAUCUUCGUACUCCGAACCUGCGCUAUGUGGGAGGUGAAGCGCCCUCUACGUUGGAUUAUGUUCAUGAUCGUAUCUGGUAUGGCAGUUGCCGGGUUAAUCAUAUUCAGCUUUGUCCCGAAGCAAUACGUGGUUGUACCUGAUAUUUCGACAUGCCAACCAUUUCAAACUGCAAAAACACCAGGGUUAGUGGCGGCGUUCCUAACGCUCCUGAUGUUAGAAUUUGUCCUUGUUAUUUUUACCACUAUAAGGGCUGCAAAGAAUUACAGAUCGACACCAAUACCACUCCUUACACGUCUCCUCACGCACCAUAUAUUUUACUAUGGCUGCGGAUUGCUCUUCAGCACUAUCAAUGUCCUGUGUUUGGCAUUGUUCGAAUAUGAAAAUGCCGCAGUUUUCUUCAGCCCCCAAAUAAUAAUGCAUGCAAUCUUGGCAACACGUAUGCAUUACCAGCUCUGGGAGUCCGAGAAUGUUCAAAAGAAUGAUCAGUCAGAGCAGCACCCUAUGUCGUCGCUACGUUGGCAACCCGCAGAAGAGAUUGCGACAACUUAGUCAGGUUCAUGCUAGAGGUGACUUUCGCGGGACAAUGAUUUACAAGUGCCUAGCACUAGUGUCGUGCGCAUAUACUACCUGGAGUAUUAUAGAGCUUCCUGCUGAC